AUGGCGGUGGAUUUAGCCAAAGUGGGAGCCAACACGCUGAAGCAUGCAGUCAGUGGGGAGGUGAGACCCUUUACAUAAGACGGCGGGGCGUGUGUGUUACGAUUUUGUAAUUCCGCAGCUGCAUAGCAAACGGUGCGAUCCGGCAAGUCGCUUGAAAUUUUCAGCUACCUGCAUGGAAAAGCGUUGUGGUUUUGUAACUGCCUAAAUAUUCCGAGCUCUUGCCUUGCGCUCAGCCAGCCUGUUCGCCCCUCAAGAGUCCUGGGAGAAACGCUGUCGUCGUCAUCUCUCCUGCUGCUGCUUGAUCCUUUUUAACGAGAGGUCCUGGGGGCUGAACCCAGAACCUUUGCAUGCAAAAGGCAUGAGCUUUGCUGCUGAACUCUGGUUUAACCAGCUAACCAACUGAGCUAUUCGUCUCCCAUUUCUAAGAGGUUGUUGUGCGUUGUCUUUGGGCGUCUUCAGCGCAGAACUGACAUGCUCUUUGCUUUAAGGGGGCAGGGAGCAGUGAUGGAAGCGGAUCGGGGAGAGGGUUUGAAACAGGUCCACUCUGCAGGGGUGGCUUAAUUUGGUUGCUUUCUGAUCUUUCCUCCAGAAGAGGAAAGGAGGCUGUGCGUUGUAUCUGCUGGUUAGCUAGCUGUACUGGAACGACGUGACUUCUUUUAUUUUUAGCAAACCUAGCAUCCUGCUAUCCUCAUUAUUCUGCACUCUGGCGGGUUGAAAAUCACUCUGUGUGGUCUGACUCACCAACUGUCCUACGGGCCAAUUAGUUUUAUUCCCAUAUUUCAGAAACUUCUCUGGUGAGUGGUUGUAGGGCUGAGAGAAGCUUGCCUUAUAAUGGGUGAGAUCUGAACUCUGGGCUUUGUGAAUGAUAGUUCCAAAACGACAUGUUGCGCUUGGUUAAUAAUCAGUGGCGUAGUGUGGAGGGUGCAGGGGGGGCCGGCCGCACCGGGCGCAACAUCUGGGGGUUAGGGUUAGGGGGUGCACAUCCACGGGUUAGGGGGUGCAAAUUACUUGCCUUGCCCCGGGUGCUGACAACCCACGCUACGCCACUGUUAAUAAUGCAACCAUAUCUGUCUUGAUUCAGGAUUAUGCCCUGCUAGUUAAGUGAGGUUUACUUCUAGAUGAGUGUGUGUAGGAUUGCAGCCUCUUGCCUGCUCUAGGGGCCAUAGAGAAGGAAUAGAGACUGAGAUAACUUUAUCACUUAAUUCACAGUAUCAUGCUGGUAUAAGCUUAUGCUAUACUGAGUUUGACCCCUGCUGGAAACUUCAUUAUUUCAGCAAGACUACCCAAACAUAUGAUUUAGCUGCCUAUAUUUGUUGUGAAAGUUUUACAGAUUUUAUCUGUAUUUUAAUUAUUAUAUUUGUGUGUGGUUUUUAAAUUGCUCUGCCAAUUUUGGCUGUGUUCUGUCCAGUUUUUAUGUAUACCAAAAAACUAGAGGGGUCUAAAUAUUAUAAUUAUAAUUUAAUUAAAAUUAAAAUUAUUUAUAAAUUCUGUAAAAUUAAUGCCCAUUAUUCCCUGGUUUACCCUUUCUUCUGUGGUUUCCCUUUGUGUCUGUUUCUAGAUUGUAUCCCCUUGGAGACAGAGACUUGUUUUCUCAAGUGCAAUGUAGAUGCUGCCACAAUUAUAAAUGCAAUUUUCUUAAGAGUAUUGCUUAUUUGUCCAAGGAUGCAUUUGAGGAAUAUCUGAAAUGAGAGUUACCUCGAUCACUUUUACUGUCCUUUCCAAACUUUGUUCUGACUCUUAAAACAUAUGCACGCAGCAUUCCAAGUGCAGUUGUACCCUAGAUCUGUACAAAGGCAUUAUGAAUCAUAGUAUUCUGGAGUUGGAAUAGACCCCCAAGGGACAUCUAGUCCAACCCCCUGCAAUGCAGGAAUCUUUCGCCCAAGGUGGGACUCGAACCCACAACCCUGAGAUCCAGAGUCUCAUGCUCUACUGACUGAGCUAUCCCUGGUCUUCCUAGAGAGCUAUCUAUGAUCCUGGCAGUUUUAUUUUCAACACUUGUCUUAAUGAUGCCCGGUCCUCUUGAGCCGCUGGUCUUGGAGAUGGAUAUUGGAAGUGGGCUAUACUUUUCACACCCUGCUUGGUUCACAGAGGCCAAAUACAGUCCCAGGUGGUGUGAAACUACCAAGGUCGGAUUUCUUAAAUCAUGAUUUGCAAAGAUGCCCUUUCCCAAUAGGGAGAAAGCAGCUGCCUUAAUUAGCACCGCUCCUAGUUUCAACUUACAUAGAACACAUGGUAUUUACCUUGUUUGGUACAUACUAUUUGGAAAAACAAGAUCUGUAGGGCACAAUCAUGCAAUAAAUCAGUGGUGCAGAACAUCUGGCUUGUUGGCUUAAUUAGACCCACUAGGCCUCUUGAGUUGGUCCACCUGGCUGGUUGUUGUUGUUGUUGUUUUGCCAAGCCAUUAUCCCUGCCCUAUACCUGACAUACCUGGGACGCGGGUGUCGCUGUGGGUUAAACCACAGAGCCUAGGACUUGCCGAUCAGAAGGCCGGCGGUUCGAAUCCCCGCAACGGGGUGAGCUCCCGUUGCUCGGUCCCUGCUGCUGCCAACCUAGCAGUUCGAAAGCACGUCAAAGUGCAAGUAGAUAAAUAGGUACCACUCCGGCGGGAAGGUAAACGACGUUUCCGUGCGCUGCUCUGGUUCACCAGAAGCGGCUUAGUCAUGCUGGCCACAUGACCCGGAAGCUGUACGCAAGCUCUCUUGGCCAAUAAAAUGAGAUGAGCGCCACAACCCCAGAGUCAGUCAUGACUGGACCUAAUGGUCAGGGGUCCCUUUACCUUUAUACCUGACAUGCCAGCUGCAGAGCUGAUGAUGGGGAUCGACUGAAAGGGACGUGCAGGCACCAUCUAUCAGCUGAUUGGCGCCUGGGUAAAGCCCUGCAUGUGCCAAGACCUGUGCAUUCCUCAGCCUGGCCUUCCUUGGUGACCACUAAAUAAAACAUUGCAUGUGAAAUCCAUCUGGGGACACUCCUGCCUGUUACGUCAGAGUUUUGUAGGUCUAGUCUUGUGAGUCGUGCUUUGACCAUCUGCCAGGCUGUUGCUUGAGCUGCCUUGUCAGGAUUUCACAGUUCGUCAACACCGCAUCCCAGCAAUUACCUUCCCACUCUUUCAGUCUACAGCUUGGGCUCCCUUUCAAAACAAGGAUACUGCAGAGCAGGACUGGGGAAUCUCUUUGGCUCUGCAAGCCUGAUUCUUCUCUGUCCUGACCACUGUGGGCCAACAUUGGCAGGCGGCAGGGAGAACCCACACGUCACCCACCUGAUGUUGUGAGGACCCCAGGUGAUGAUGGACAGGUGGUUUGUCCUGCCCACCUGUCAAAGUCCUUGUUUCCAUGCUGUAACACUACCUAUGUCACAUGUGAUGUCAAAGUGGGGAACCCUUUCCCUUCCAAAUGUCGGCCUACAUUUACCAUCAUCCCUGACCAUUGGCCAUGCUUGCUGGGGCUGAUGGGAGUUGUAGUCCAACAAUAUUUGGAGAGCCAAAGGUUCUGCAUAUAAACCUUGGUUUAAGCGGAACCUUCCACAUGAAGCCUUUGGUUUUUUCCUCCUUAAUUGUGAGGCUGAGGCUCAACAGCUUAGUACAUGCUUUGGAUGCAGAAGGUACCAGGUUCAGUCCCUGGAAUCUCCAGGGAAAGACUCCUGUCCAUGCUGAUCUGCUGUCUUGUCAGUGAGUAGACAACCUGGAGCAAGAGAGGCAAAGUCCAUCCCUGCACAAGGCAGCUUCCUAUGCACCUUCAGGCCAAGGGUUCAAGGAAAAGAAUAUCUGCUUUGCAUGUAUGGUUCAGUGCCGGGCAGCUCCAGGUAGGGCUGGGAUAGACUGAAGCUCUGAAGUGCCACAGCUAGUCAACAUAGGCCAAUCAUGAUGUUCUUCAGAUGUUACUGGGCUCCAACUCUCAUCAUCCUCGGCUUGAAUGGCCAAUGGCCAGGAUGAUGGGAGUUGUAGUUCAGAAACUACUAGAGAGCCAGGAUGAUGGGAUUUGUAGUCCAAAAACUUCUGGAGGGAGCCAGAACAAACAAUUCUGUGUUAGAUGGACUUGGUGGAAGACAUCCUCCUGCAUUUCUGAGGUGUCUGAGAAAUCUGGCUCUGCAAAAAAUAAGGAUCAAGCCCCUGUUAUGCCCACUUUAUUAUCCAAGAGCUCUUUCGCUGGGCAUUCAAGCCUCAUCAUGUUCCACAAGAAGGAAUCUUGUGUGGGCAGCCACUUUUAUGAUCUUGUCUGGUUUUUCCAGGUGGUGGAGCUGAGGAGCAUUUGGAGGGAUUGUCCUUGCGUGGUGCUGUUCUUGCGCCGCCUCGGGUGCCAGGUGUGCCGCUGGAUUGCCAAGGAAACCAGCAAGCUGAGAGAGGUGCUGGAGAGUAACGGUGUCCGCUUAAUAGGUGUUGCGCCAGAAAGCCUAGGCCUGCAGGAGUUCCUGGAGGGAAAUUACUUUGCGGGAGGUAGGUCUUGGAUCGUAGGAGCCCCAUGAAGGAAGGGGGAGAGAGACCUUUUGUGGGGUGCUUAAGGUAGGCAUGGCCAAACUUGGCCCUCCAGCUGUUUUGGGACUACAGUUCCCAUCAUCCCUGACCACUGGUCCCUGUUAGCUAGGAAUGAUGAGAGUUGUUGUCCCAAAACAGCUGGAGGGCUGAUAUCUUAUGACUGAUAUCAAUCAUAAGAUAUCAGUCAAAUCAAAAAUUUAAAAAGGAAUGGAAAUGUUUUGAAGAUUAUAUGUUAAAAUAUUGUUCUAAGAAUGAUAUGCUAAUAUGCCUAAAAUAAAAAUGUAAAGUGUAUCUAUGAACUGCAAAAGAGAAGAGAUAAAAGAAAUACAAAGAAUAAUACAUUUGGAGAAUGCAAAGAUAAAGGUGGAAAUAGAGAUUCAAAGAAGUAGAAUUGUGGCGGAGGGAAGCUGCAGGUGUGGAGGAAUAUUAUAAGUAUGUAAUAUUUGCUUUCAAUAUUUUGAGUGUCUUCAAUCUAUUCUUUUUUUGGUUGUUGUUUUUCUGAACUACUUAUUUAAACAAAAUAAAUAAAAUUGAACAAAAGAAAAGAAAAAACAGCUGGAGGGCCAAGUUUGGCCAUGCCUGACUUAAGGGAACCUGCUGUUUGAUAGCCGAGCACACGGUCUCUCCUUUGUUUGGAGAUGUGUUGAAGCAGACAUUGGAAGUACAACCAAUCAGGAAUGUGGCAAGCAAAGGUUGGAUGGCUAGCCAAUGGGGGAUGUUGUCAGCAGAGGUUGGCUGGCUAGCCAGUCAGGGAUGCUAUGCAGCAGAUAUCCCUUCCAACUCGAUUACAUAUGCCUCUACUAACAUGCCACUCGUAUAGGGAAGGCUUGGCUUACAACCCACCAAGCUAACUGCUGGCUGCCCCUGCCCACCUCGGCUCAAAGCAAGAAUGCAGAAGUUUGACUGUCCAGCCAAUCAUCCUCUGUGCUUGGCAUGUGAGCAGAAUCUGCCUUGCUAGACCUGUGCAAGGUUGUCGGAAACCGCCACUCCACAUUAAAAUUGUAUGGAACGGUUUUGUUUGUUUUUAGUCUUAACGUAUGUGUAAGAACGGGCCCUUCAGAUCUUGUUGGAACUCCAGCUCCCAUCAGCCUCUGUGAACUGGGGAUGGUGGGAGUGGGAGUCCAACAAUAUCUGGGAAGGUCACAGGUUUCCCAUCUUGGGUGAAAUUGUGUUGGCUUUGUAUUUCUUGAAAGGUGGAUGCCUUCGUGACUCUCUCCUGUCUUUGGGAGACAAAGAAGCAUAGGGUAUAAACUGAGCCCGACAAAUGCAGUAGUUUGCAUCCAGCUAAGUUCAACUCAGAGGGAUGCGGGUGGUGCUGUGGGUUAAACCACAGAGCCUAGGACUUGCCGAUCAGAAGGUCGGCAGUUCGAAUCCCCGCGACGGGGUGAGCUCCCGUUGCUCAGUCCCUGCUCCUGCCAACCUAGCAGUUCGAAAGCACGUCAAAGUGCAAGUAGAUAAAUAGGUACCACUCCGGCGGGAAGGUAAAUGGCAUUUCCGUGCGCUGCUCUGGUUCGCCAGAAGCAGCUGUGUCAUGCUGGUCACGUGACCCGGAAGCUGUACACCGGCUCCCUCAGCCAAUAAAGUGAGAUGAGCGCCACAACCCCAGAGUCGGCCACGACUGGACCUAAUGGUCAGGGGUCCCUUUACCUUUACGCUCAACUCUGAGUAGGCCCCUUGAAAUUAAUAGACCUAAGUUGUUUAUUUUUAUUUAGAGCAUUUAUGCCUCAUUCUCAUUUAUUUAGAGCAUUUAUGCCUCAUGAAAAAGACUGCCAGGGGGGCUUACGUACUGCCAGUAAAACAAAACAACCCUUGCCCACAGGCUUGGAAUCUGGGGAAAAAAAUGACAGAAAAGGAAAAAGGGACAGGGAGGGAAGAGGAAACCCAACAAACCCAGGUACCAGUUCUUAAAUAGUAGCUCCUGUAAUGAGCGGCUGGUACAGAAACAGUUCAGGGGAUAGGAGAUGACUGAUGGAACUGGACUUUCAGGAAAGCAGAUAGAAUGGACCUGUUUAUUAUCUCUUUCCCACUGAGGCAGCCUGGCAGCAAUUAGUCAUCAUUAAUUCCCAUGGGUCUACUCUGAGUAGGAGUAACAACGGAUGCUCCUCCAGGCUUUUAGAUGGCUGGAAAUGUUAGUCUUUGCAUUGAGUAAUUUCUGGUUUUCUUUCAGAACUCUAUCUGGAUGAAACCAAACAGUGCUACCAAGAUCUCGGAUUCAAAAGGUAUGUUGCAUUUUUAGCAUGUGUGUUGUGGACUUGGAAAGUCUCAUUGAGCAUUAUUGUUCUUAUUAGUUACCCACCCUAAAGUCCCAGGGCAGGUUACGACAUUAAAACACAACAUUGAAAACAGUUUGAAACAUCUUACAAUCAUUAAAAUAAGGUGAGUCAUAAGAAUCGUGCAUUUGUCUCCCUAUUAAGUUAAGGUUACCAGAUUUUUUCAAAGAAUCCGGGGACACUUUUGUUUUUGAAAAUAAAUAAAAUUAUUUUUUAAAAGUUAUUACUUCUUAAUUAUUAUUUUUAAAUAUCUUCUCUUCUGUGGUCUCCUCUGUUGCGCGGCCUUCCUCUGGGCCCCAUCCUGCUCUCUAGGAGCACUAGCCGCCAUGGAGUAGGCUCAGGUCGGGCCUGGGCUCGGCCACGUGUCCUUGCCCUCCCGGUGCUCUCCUAUCUUUUCUCCUCAGCAGCUGCAGCGGCGUGGCAAAGUCGGGCUCCCCUCUUUUUUCUCCUUCCUCUUUCUCUCUCUUCCUUCUCCUUCUCCUCUCCUCCGUCUCCCUGCAUCAGCUCUGGGGUUUUUCCUGGCCCCGGAGUGUUGCUGGGCAGUCGGCCGGGUGGCCAGGCGCUCUCACUCCCGGCUCAAUUUGGGUUACAGGAGGGUCAGCAGUUCCCCCAGUUGAUGCGCCGGGUGUCCCUGGUUCCCCCUUGGCAGUGGCAGCUGCAGUCUCAGCAGCCCGGAGCCAGCUUAGUGGAACAGUUGGCUCUGGCAGACUUCAGGAGCUGCUCGCUUCCGUCGUGCCUGCCAUUUCGCCUCACCGGAAGUCCCCAUAUGUUGUGUCUUGUGCCGUUGAACCAAUCACGCAACAUUCAUUCCCUACUUAUAAAUCUGCAACACUUCAAAUAUAAAUCCGGGGACAUUAAAUGAAAUCUAGGGACAUUCCGGGGACGGACUUUGUCCGGGGACAGAUUUGUAAAUCUGGGGACUGUCCCCAGGAAACGGGGACGUCUGGUAACCAUAUAUUAAGUGUGCUUUGGAUCAUGGCCAUAGUGCCAUAGAAUCAUAGAAUUGUAGAGUUUGAAGGGACCCUGAGGAUCAUCUAGGCCAACCCGCUGUAAUGCAGGAAUAUGCAGCUGUCCCACAUGGGGAUCGAACCUGUGACCUUGGUGAGAGAUUCUGCACAGUUUAACCUAGGCAAAGGUCUGUGGCUCUUCCCCUUGCCCCUCAGAUAACUCAGGCCAUUUCUCUGAAAUGUGAGCUUUGGGGUUUUAAAAAGGUGUCUGGCUCUUUUCUUCUUGAUGACGUAAGGCAGCUUUUUUCAGAAUGAGGGCCACAAUUCCUUCUGGGCAACCUUUCAGGGACCGUGCAGCGGUAGUGGGAGGGGCCAGAGGCCAAAGUGGGUGGAGCUACUAAUACAAAGCUUACCUUUGCACAGUAGGCUAGUCUCUGUGUAGACUUACACUGCAUACUCAGUCCUGCACCCACGCAAGAAUAUUCUGCACUUUUUUCUUUCUUCUUUUAUGUGGUGGCUACCUCCUCUCUCCCCAUAAACAUAUUGAAAUUGAAAUACUUUAUUGGCACUUGUACAACUUGUAUACAGUGAGAUUACACUAGCACUCCCCACUCAGCUCUCUUAGUCUUAAUUCCCCUCGUUUACUGACGUACACCCACCAAACCCGAAAGUCAGUUGCCCUGUUGUUAUCUUUUCAUUCAGCAGCCUAACAGCCCACAGAUAGAAGCUGUUCUUUACCCUGUUGGUGCAACUAAUCAUGCUUCUAUAUCUUCUGCCUGAGGGCAGGAGAUCAAGAAAGUGCCGGCCAGGGUAUGAAUCAUCCCUGAGAAUUUUCCUCACUCUCCUGAGGCAACGUUCUUCCGCUAUUUCAUCCAGCGGAUUCACAGGACAGCCCAUAAUAUCUUGUUCUGUAUUCACCACCCUCUGUAGGCACUUCCUAUCAGUUGAUGUCAAACCAGCGUACCAUACCAUGAUGCAGUAUGAAAGGACACUUUCUAUUGUAGAAGGAGAUCAUCAAAUGUUGAUUGACAUCAUUCUUCUGCAAUACUCUGAGGAGAUGGAGUCUCUGUUGGGCUUUCUUAACCACCUGGGUUGUAUUUAUUUUCCAACUAAGGUCUUCACUGAGAUGAACUCCUAGGAAUUUAAAGGAAGAGACUCUCUCCACACAGCCUUUCCCAAUGUACAGUGGGGCUAGUUCUCCUCUCUUCCUCAAAGAAUAUUGAAAUGAUGCUAGGUCCAGAGCAUUGGGAGGUUGCAAAAUAAUAGCCAUGCUCUCAACACGGUUUCUGCACUCGCAACAGCACCAGAAAAUAAAACUGUUCUUGCCACUUCUAAUGGUGAGCCCCACCCUGAGAAACCUAGAUAUCAUCUCCUCCUCCUGGAGACAUUUGGCAAAAUGCCACCCCCCUCUCAAUUUCUCUAGCCACUGAAUCAGUUAGAGAAUUUCAGGGUGCCAUUCGCACAAACCUCCAUACCAAAAGCUGGGGCAUGUAGUCUUAAGAACACAGGAAGUGACCUUAGACAGAGUCAGACCAUCGGUCCAUCUAGCUCAAAACUGUCAAUGCUAGCCUUUCUCAACUCAUCACCCCUAGCUAGCAAGGCCAGAGUUCAGGGAUGAUGGGAGUUGUAGUCCAACAACGUCUGGGGACCCACAGGUUGAGAACUGCUGGUCUAUGCUAGUGUUUCUCAAACUUGGGUCUCUAGCUGUUGCCAGACUACAACUUCCAUCAUCCCUGACCGCUGGUCCUGCUAGCUAGGGAUGAUGGGUGUUGUAGUCCAAGAACAGCUGGAGACCCAAACUUGAGAAACACUGGUCUACACUUACUCUCUACAGCACUGCAGACAGAGGACAUUCCCAGCCCUAUCUAGAGAUUCUUAGGAUUGAACCUGAGACCUUCUGCCUGCAAAGCCACCACUCUUGAAAAUAAUGUUCCACCUGUGUCCCUAAUGUUUUGACUCUAACUUGCCUUCCUCCUUUUAGGUACAAUGCCUUAAGUAUAGUCCCUGCAGCUCUGGGGAAGCCUGUCCGACAGGUCAUCACAAAGGUCAGUUGGUGAAGACUGUUGCUAACAGAGGAACACUUUGACAUCCCUGGGGGUUGUUGGUUACAAUGGAUGAUGCCCUACAUGAAAUUGAAGGACCGUGGUCCGCCUAGCCUGUGCUGUUUGCACUAGCUGCAGUGAAUUUGUGGUCCCCUUCAGACAGCUCUCAAGGAGGACACAAAGCAGGAUGGGUGAAUGGUGUAGCUUGGGAGAGCUCCAGGGGCCUGAUGGAAAGGCCAGGAGGGCCAGAUUUGACUCCUGGGCUUGAGGCUUGGCAUCCCUGUUCAAAGCCUUAUUGGCAAUUCCCAAACCACCAAGUCCAAGUGUGUUUGUCACUUUUCUGAUUUGCUGUGCUGGCAAAAAGUAUGUUUAAAGAUUUCGGGGUGGGGAACAAGCAUCUCCUAUUUCCAGUGUGAGCCCCCUCAAACAUUGCAUUUAAAUGGUCUCCAAAAGCACUGGAAAAUGUUCCAGCUGAAACUUCUGGCCCACCAUUUGGCCUCACCGUUGAACUAGGGACCCUCCAGAAAUAUGGAGGGUUGUCCUUAGACUUGGCCUCCAGUGGGACUUGGAGGAUGCUGGGUAACUUCUGAAAAAGCCUCUUUAACGGAUGGGGAUUGGGGCCUGGGCUUUUAUCUUCUCUUCCUCCCCACCCCGCUGCAGGCAAACGCCGCCGGAAUUCAAGGCAACUUUUCUGGAGAUCUUCUGCAGAGCGGUGGGACGCUGAUAGUUGGCCAAGGUAAGGGGGCAACCUUCCACUGCCCAGGCUCAAUUUCUGUUAAUGGGGAUUGGUUUUUUGCACAUUGCAAAGACAACGUAAAUGGCUUAGAAAAUAUAUAACAUUAGCUUGUUUGGGGGAAGGGAUGUAGCUCAGUGGUAGAGUAUCUGAUUUGCAUGCAAAAGGUUUCAGGUUCAAUCUCCAAUGCCUGAAGGUAGGGCUGGGAGAAUAAUUUUGCGUGAAACUCUGGAGAGCUGUAGGGAAAAGUUGUGGAGAGUAGAUAUGAAAUAUAAUUAAUAAUAAUAAUAAUUUAUUACUUAUACCCCACCCAUCUGGCUGGGUUUCCCCAGCCACUCUGGGCAGCUUCCAACAGGAGAUUAAAAAUACAUUAAAACAUCAGUCAUUAAAAAACUUCAGAUGUCUUCUAAAUGUCAGAUAGUUGUUUAUUCCUUUGAUAUCUGAUGGGAGGGCAUUCCACAGGGCGGGAGCCACUACCGAGAAGGCCCUCUGCCUGGUUCCCUGUAACUUUGCUUCUUGCAGCAAGGGAACCUCCAGAAGGCCCUCAGAGCUGGACCUCAGUGUCCAGGCUGAAUGAUGGGGGUGGAGAUGGUCAGCACCAACACUUUGAAUUGUGCUCGGAAACAUAUUGGGAGACAAUGUAGCUCUUUCAAGACCGGUGUUAUGUUGUCUCGGUGGCUGCUCCCAGUCACCAGUCUAGCCUGCUACAUGUUAAAGGAAAGCUAUUGGAAAAUGAUAUACAGAUGGUAUUUAACAACUAAUAAACUGGCCAUGAUGUACAAAACUGUAUCAAGUAAAGGUUGGAAAUGCAGAAGUCUGAAGGGCCGUUUUUUCAUAUGUGGUGGACUUGUAAAAAAAGCAACAGGCUUUUGGGAAGUGAUACAUAAUGGAUUGAAAAAGAUGGUUAAAAUAGUCACCCCCCCAAAAAAAAGCCUGAAGCAUUUUUGGGGGGAAUAAUGGGGUGGGCCUCAAAAAAGUUGGUCAAAAGUUGUUUAUGUAUGCUGCUGCUACAGCCGGAAUUCCAUAUGCGCAGAAAUGAAAGAAGUUCCAACGAAAUAGUGGGACUCAAACUAUUAUACUAUAUGGAGAUGGCAAAAUGGAUGGCAAAAAUAAGAGACAAAAAAGACAAAAUGUUUGUGGAAGAGUUGAGAAAAUAUUAUAGUGAAACGAAAUGGUAGGCAGGAGGAAUGAGGAAUGUAAGCAAAGGAAUGAGAAUGAUAAAGGAAUGUGAUGUAGGAUAUACAUUAUAGAAAUAAGUAUUACAUGUGAGGCAUUAGAUAAAGGAUUUGAACAGAAACAUCAUGGAAAUAAGGAUGGGAGGUCAAAAUGUGAAAGGAAUAUUGUAUUGAAACGGAAUAGAAUUUUUUUAAUUGUAUGAAAAUCAAUAAAAAAUUAUGGGAAAGCUACUGCCACCCACACUAGACAAUUCUUAGCUUCUUUAAUAAUAAAUAAAUAAAUAAAGUUUUUUUUUUAUAUUACUUAUACCCUGCCCAUGGCUGGGUUUCCCCAGCCACUCUGGGCAGUUUACCACAAAAGAUUAAAAUAAAAUAAUUCAUCAAAUAUUAAAAACUUCCCUAAACAGGGCUGUCUUCAAAUGUCUUCUAAAAGUCAGAUAGUUGUUUAUUUCUUUGACAUCUGAUGGGAGGGCUACUGGCUGGCUGCUGUGCAAUAGAAGAUGCUACCAUAGACAGACCCAGCAUGGUUCUUGAAAGAUGUCCAUUGCUCUCUUCCAGGAGCAAGAUGAGGGCAGAAAACAUUUCACAGGAACACUGGAAUCUGCCUUAUUUUUGUAUAUUUAUUUAGAGUGUUUGUACCCCACUCUUCAGCCAAAAAGGCUCCCAGGGUGGCAUACACAAAAUCAAAACAAGACACUUCCUCAAACAAACAAGCAAACGACACACAAGGGAAAAGGGACAAGGAGGGAAGAGGAAAACAAAACUCAAAACACACCAGUUUCUAGACAGUUGUUCCUCUAUUGAACAGUUGGCAUAGUUCAGGGGCAGGAGGUGCCUGAUGGAGGUGGUUCAAAUGCAACAAGCCUUUUGCUUCCUAUCUCUCCUGCUGAGGAAGCCUGGUGCCGCCAGAUGACAUUUAAAGGGAGGGGAGACCUGAUGAUCCAUCCAGCCUUGCAUUGCCUACAGCCAGGCUUCCUCAAACUCGGCCCUUCAGAUGUUUUUGGCCUACAACUCCCAUGAUCCCUUGCUAGCAGGAACAGUGGUCAGGAAUAAUGGGAACUGUAGUCUCAAGAUAUCUGGAGGGCCGAGUUUGAGGAAGCCUGGCCCAUACUGACUGGCUCUUCAGAAACAGGACGUUCUCCCAGCCCUACUUGGAGAUGCCAGGCAUUGAACCUGGGACCUUCUACAUGCAAAACGGGGGCUAAGACUAGCGUUCCACAGCUAGUACCUGUUUACCUCUUCUCUCUCUUUCCCCUCUCAUUCCAGGAGGGGAGAAUCUGCUUUUGUAUUCUGCGCAGGAGUCCCCUGGUGACUACCUUCCGUUGGAGUCUAUCGUCACUGCCCUUGGCAUCUCUGCAAAUGUAGAAGAAGGAGCAAAGCCUCAGGUGAGCAGCUCUCUGUCUUGGAGAUCAGCCUUGGCUCCUACCCUUCCUCCAAGGACUUUGGGGACAGCAUAUGAAACCAGUAGUCCAGGGGCGGAGCCAAAUGAGGCCCUCUGCACUUCUUCCCCUGGCCCUUGGGCCCCACCCAUUACCAGCCUUGCCGCACACUCUCCUUGAGAGUGUACAGUGGUACCUCGGGUUAAGAACUUAAUUCAUUCUGGAGGUCCGUUCUUAACCUGAAACGGUUCUUACCUGAAGCACCACUUUAGCUAAUGGGGCCUCUACUGCUGCCGCACCACUGCUGCACAAUUUCUGUUCUCAUCCUGAAGCAAAGUUCUUAACCUGAGGUACUAUUUCUGGGUUAGCGGAGUCUGUAACCUGAAGUGUAUGUAACCCAAGGUACCACUGUAUAUGCCUGGCAGAAAGGUUUCUCAAACUAUGUUCAUACCUCUGGUCCCACCUACCAUGAGCUUGUUGCCCUGGAAAGGUUGCCCACACAGGAUUGUGGCCCUUGGACUGGGAAAAGGUAACCCUGUGUACCUUGUGGCAGGGAGUUCCAUAGUUUAACUAUGUGCUGUGUGAAAGAAGUACAUCUGUUUGUCCUGAACUGGCACUUCAUCAUACAAAUUUACAGGACGGACACAUUUGGAGUACUGUGUACAGUUCUGGUUGCCUGGUUGUUUUGAGACUACAAUUCCCAUCAUCCCUGACCACUGGCCUGCUAGCUAGGGAUCGUGGGAGUUGUAGGCCAAAAACAUCUGGAGGGCCGAGGUUGAGGAAGUCUGCUGUAGAGCUGGGAAAUGUUCAAAAAAGGGCCACCAAGCUGAUCAAGGGGAUGGGUAAAUCCCCUGUGAGGAAAAUGUAGAACAGUAUAGACUUCUUAGGUUAGGGAAAAGGCAAAUCUGAGGCAAUGUGAUGAUGAAAUCAUAAUACUGUAGAGUUGGAAGGGACCAGAAGAGUCAUCUAGUCCAACCCCCUGCAAUGCAGGAAUAUUUUGUCCAAUGUGGGACUCAAACCCACAACCCUAAGAUUAAGAGUCCUAUGCUCUGCUGACUUGAGCUGCCCAGGAGUGUUUUAAAGGUGUUUAAAAUGAUGCAAGGUGUAGGCAGGGAAGACUGCCCAGGGGGAGAGACUGAGAAGAAAGCUCCCAGGUGAGAGCUGGGAGGGUCCACCAUUUUCUGUGUGAGACAAGGGUUAAGAGCUACCUUUGAGAGAGGGCUCUCCACUUGCUUUUACUUUCUCUGAUUUUGUUUUUAUUCAGAUGAGUUUAUUUUAUUGUAUGGCCCUCCCAUCAGAUGUCAAGGAAAUAACUAUCCGACUUUUAGAAGACAUCUGAAGGCAGCCCUGUAUAGGGAAGUUUUUAAUGUGUGAUGUUUUAUUCUGUUUUUAAGGUUCUGUUGAAAACCACCCAGAGUGGCUGGGGAAAUCCAGCCAGAUAGGUGGGGUAGAAAUAAAAAUUAUUAUUAUUAUUAUUAUUAUUAAUCAUGAAAAAGCUUUAAUAAAACCUUAGUGGAAAAAAUAAUAAAUAAAAUGAUUCAUUGUGUAGAGUAAGUGCAAAACAGUCCCCCCCCCCAUAACGCUAGAACUUACGGACAUUCAAUGAAGUUGGAAGGUUCAGACAAAAGAAAAUACUUCUUCACACAGUGCCUGGUUAAACUAUGGAACUCACUCCCGCAAGGUGUAGUGAUGAUUGCCAACUUGGACAGCUUUAAGAAGAUAAAUCUUUGGAGAAUGAGGCCACUAGCCACAAUGACUACAUGCUAUCUCCUCUGUCAGAGGCAGUAAAGCUCUUAAUACCACUUGCUAUGAAACACAGAAUGGGAGAGUGCUGUUAUCCUUGGGUUCUCCUGGCAGGCUUCCCUUCCCACUGGAUGCUGGACUGGAUGAGCCAUUGGCCUGAUCCAGCUGCAAGGUUCUUACAUUCGUACCCCAUCCCUACUGCAGACAGUCCUGAGCUAUGUAGGCCCAUGGUCCCAACUUGGUAUAAGCCUAAGGCAACUUCCUAUAGUAAAGGUAAAGGGACCCCUGACCAUUAGGUCCAGUCGUGACUGACUCUGGGGUUGCGGCGCUCAUCUCGCUUUAUUGGCCGAGGGAGCCGGCGUACAGCUUCCGGGUCAUGUGGACGGCAUGACUAAGCCGCUUCUGGCGAACCAGAGCAGCGCAUGGAAACGCUGUUUACCUUCCCGCCGGAGUGGUACCUAUUUAUCUACUUGCACUUUGAGGUGCUUUCAAACUGCUAGGUUGGCAGGAGCAGGGACAGAGCAACGGGAGCUCACCCCGUCGCGGGGAUUCGAACUGCCGCCCUUCUGAUCGGCAAGUCCUAGGCUCUGUGGUUUAACCCACAGCACCACCCGCGUCCCUAAGGCAACUUCCUAUACUCCCUUGUAAAAGGAGGGCUUCUUGAAUCUGAUGACGACUCUAGCAAAUGUGCAAUUGGAAACUAGGCUCUUCAAAAUUAGGUGGUGAAACCUUGUAUCGACUUAAUGCAGGUCACAGAGCAAUUAUGAGCAAAGCUGAGACAGAAAAACAGAUGGCGUUUUAAAUCUGAAGAUGCUAAAUAUACCAUGCAUUGUGCAGGGAUGGGGGGAGAAAGGGGCUGAGUAUUUCUUUUGCAAUAAACAAUUGGACCAAGUCCCUUUCUCUGUUCUGCAGUGCACCAGUGAGGCUUGUAGCAGAUGA